UCUUCUUUCUCCUCAUUUUCCCAAUUUCUCAAAACUCCCAACCAUGGCCUUGCGCGGUGGAUCGUCCCUCUCAAGAUCUCUGAUCUCCGCCGCGAGAUCCUCCGCCCUCCGAUCAUCCCCUUCGCUCCCAUCCCUCCCUCGCUCUCCUCCGCUCCGCAAUCUCGGCCCCGCCUCUCGCCGGAGUCUAUUCUCUCUUCCCGCCAAUGUGGGACAGCUGGCCUGCGCUCAGUCGCUGCUUCCGCUCCACAGCGCCGUCGCCUCCGUUCGCAUGACCAGCCACAUCGCCGUCGAAGCCCGCGCUUUCUGCGAGUUGUCUCAGGGUACUUGAGCAUACUUGGCUUGGAUCAACACAGCAAGAGCUGUCCAUUAGGUGGGGUUAGUAGUACAUUUGAGAGGGGAAGGGUUCCGUGCUCCUUACCUUGAUAUUAUUGCAUAGGAAGUGAUUUCAAAGUGUAGUAGUCAAGUUUUUCACAACUAUUUUGUACCUUUUGUUAAAGGCAAUAUGACUUGUAGAGGCUGUUAUCUUUAGAGGACAUGAUCAUAUAAUUUAGUUCUUCAUAUUAAUUGUGUCUUAACAUUCGCAAUCCAAAUAAAAGUUUUUUUU